AGCAUGGCAGACUGCAGUAAAUACACUGUUGAAGAGGCGGGGUUUGACAUCUCAGCUCUGAAAACAUCUCUAAUCCAGUAUUUCAGGUGCCGAAGUCGACAGAGCGAGCAUUGCUCACUACCGCCGCGCAUCAGCGAGCUGCAGCAGAAACACACGCCUCUUUAAAAAAAAAAAAGAAAGAAACGGAAUAUAACACGAGUGGACGGAGGCGGCUGCUGGGUCCGAAGAGGGAUUGUCGAGAGAAAACAACAAAAGCUAGAGAGAGUGAAGUUUCAUCGGUGUAAAGAGCACACUUUUGUUCCUGGUCGGUGUUGUAAUUUCCAAGUAGGUUUAAGCUGCGGCUCCUGCUGCUCCUCAGCACCUCCCCUCGAAACUCAACACAAAUACUUCAACUCUUUCCCCCACUGGAGCAUACUACAGCACUUUGACUUAUUCUCCUCUUUAAGCUCCCUGUCCAGACUGUACAGCCUUCACAAUGAAUGAAAGAAUGCGAGGGGAAAGUGGCUGCAGCUGAAAAUCUUUGUUUCUAUCAGCGUCAUGUGGCACAGUUUUGCUCACAGGGAUCUGCAGUCCCUUUUGAAGAUGCUGUGAAGCCUUCAAGACUAAAGGAUGACAGAAGCGUGUUCCUCCAUUUUCAUUUCGAAAUUGAUCACAAGUGUCAGAACAUUCAUCAUCAAAGGCUUCCCCACACAAAGACUUGGAUUGUAACUUUUUUUUACAUGUACUUUUUUACAAAUUUUUUGAGCUUCGGACAGAAUAAAAGGACCUUCUAUAUGAGCUGCAGAGAUGGACUAGAAGCCCAUGUGUAGCAGGGCAGCUGCUGCAGCUCGAGGAAUAACUUAGCCCCCGAUUGCCACACCACUCCUCACUGUUGUCGUCUGACCAAACCAAUCUGUCCAAAGCAGAGCCCACUAUCCAAUGGCAUGGGUCAAGUUCUUCAGGAAGCCGGGGGGCAAUCUGGGGAAAUCAUACCAGCCGGGGAGCAUGCUGUCUCUGGCCCCGACCAAAGGACUGCUGAACGAGCCGGGCCAAAACAGCUGCUUCCUCAACAGUGCUGUACAGGUAUUAUGGCAGCUGGACAUCUUCAGACGCAGCUUGAGGCAGCUACCUGGACACUUUUGUCUGGGAGAAUCCUGCAUCUUCUGUGCACUGAAGGGAAUUUUCUCCCAGUUCCAGCACAGUCGGGAACGAGCCCUGCCUUCCGACAACCUGCGUCAUGCCUUGGCAGAGACCUUUAAGGACGAGCAGCGCUUCCAGCUGGGCUUCAUGGAUGAUGCCGCAGAGUGCUUUGAGAACAUUCUGGAGAGGAUCCACCUGCACAUUGUGCCGGAGGAGACGGAUGCCUGCACUUCGAAGUCAUGCAUCACGCAUCAGAAGUUCGCCAUGUCACUUUAUGAGCAGUCUGUGUGCCGUAGCUGUGGGGCAUCCUCUGACCCACUGCCGUUUACAGAGCUGGUGCAUUAUGUCUCCACCACCGCACUCUGUCAACAGAUGCUUCAGCGCAGGGAGUCAGAGUCUUUUGGGGAAUUGUUACAAGCUGCAAGUACAAUAGGUGACCUUCGUAACUGUCCAAGCAACUGCGGCCAGAGGAUAAGGAUCAGACGAGUCCUCAUGAACUCCCCAGAGAUCGUCACCAUCGGCUUCGUCUGGGACUCUGACCAGUCAGACCUCACAGAAGAUGUUAUCAAAUCACUGGGGCCUCAUCUCAGUCUUUCUGCACUCUUCUACAGGGUGACAGAUGAACAUGCCAAAAAGGGAGAGCUGCUGCUCGUGGGGAUGAUCUGCUACUCCAGCCGCCACUACUGUGCCUUCGCCUUCCACACCAAGUCUUCCAAGUGGAUCUUCUUCGAUGAUGCUACAGUGAAAGAGAUCGGCUCCAGGUGGAAAGAUGUGGUCAGCAAAUGUAUCAAAGGUCACUUCCAGCCUCUCCUCCUCUUUUACUCCAACCCUGAGGGGAGCGCGAUCACUGCAGAUGAUGCUUCCAGACAAAACAGCAACCAGUCUCAGUACAAGACGGCUGUGAAUGGAGAUGCACAAGGCUUUGAAUCACCAGUUUUAGCCCCUAAAAAGCUGGACCUCACCAGGGAGAACCUUAAUGCUUUCCUGGGCCAAGGUACAGUGAAGAAGACUCCUUCGACCUUCAGCAGGGGCAGUGCUCAGACCAGUGGAGGACGGGGAACAGGGAAAAUGAGCUCCAGCGAUCCCAAAAGUCGCCUCAGGGAGAUUUCUCGAGAAGUUGCCCAGAAAGCAGGAGAGGUGCGUGGGAUGCAUCCAUCCAGAAGAGACCUUGAUAGGGGCGGUCAACGGAGGCCGGAGUCACGCUACAGAGAACCCGGUCAGGACAGGACCUACUCGCGCUCCGUCUCCCCUCCUGAGAACGGCUUCCGGCAACAUCUGGAAACCCGACUGUACAGCAGCCAAGGAAAAGGUCCCACUCGGACUGAGCGGACACCCCACCUGGGUGGACGGUCCUCACAUGAGCCCACUCGCUCUCACUCUCACUCGAGGGUCCAAGUGUUGCCCAGUAUCAGCAGCGGCCACAACAGCAGGAGGUUAGAACCGCUCAGUAAUGGAUAUGACACGGACAGCAGCCAGGACUCCAGAGAGCGUCCCGGAAGUGGAGGAAACAGCCGCAGUAGGCCCAGCCGCCCAUGGAAACCCAUGCGGGAGGCACUAAAUGUGGACAGUGUUCUAAGCAGCAGUGGCGGGAGUUCUUUAAGUCAGGAGCGGAGGCAGCACAGCCCACGGAGAAGACCAAGCAGUCAGUCUCCAUCCCGUGACCGAGAGCGGGACAGAGAUUAUACAUGGGGUGGCCGGGAGGAACGCAAACCCAAGAGCCUGAUGACCAUCUAUGAGGAUGAGCAGAGGCAUGAAACUGGUGGCAGCAGGAGUUCAUUGGAUUCAGAUGGACGGGGCGGCUACAGCGACAAAGACAGGUCAAAGGGAUCAGCAACUCUGAAAGUGCGGAACGACAACUGGAAGAUCCAAAGAACAGAAUCCGGAUAUGAAAGUAGUGACAGGUUGAGCAAUGGCUCGGCAAAUCUCGACUCUCCCGUGGUGGAGAACCUUUCCUCGAAGGACCUGCGACCCAUACCUGAACUGCAUCUAACGAGGGAUCACUACCCUCAGAGAAGAAGUGACGAACUGAAGGCUGACAUAUUGCACUCUUCAUUUUCCACUGGUGAACAAGGACAAACGUCUCCAGAUCUGCCAGAUACACAUAUCCUCACUGGUCAUCCUGUUCACAGAAGGGGAGCCUUCCGAUACACUCCUGGGAUCCUUGAAAGAAACAACGGCCUGGACAGUGAGCGGGAAGAAAAUGUGGAUGGCAGCCCAGUAAGCCCCGUGCCCCCCUAUUUAGCAAAGACCAGCAGUUCAGAAUGGAACAGCUCAGAUGACCUCGUCGGACCUUUCUCUGAACAAGAAGAGACCAGCAACGCUGCCUGGAAUGACCCUUACUCGCACAACUACCCCCCACCUUUACCUCCCAAGACCUUUGGCAGCAGUCACGCCGACCCAUCUGGCAUCCACACACAACCGCCCGAGGUGCCAGCACGGCUGAGCCCCCACCAUGAACCCAGAAACGGCCUGUCCCCGCUCUCGCACACCACCCUGCGUCGGUGGAUCGAGACACCUGCAGAGCAAAGGCUUUCAUCAGACGCCAGCUCUAAGUCCGGGUCGUCAGAUCAGGACAGGAACGACCUGUCGGCUAGCGAAAGCGACGAGAGGUUACCGAGUCCCAAUCCGGGACGUGAUGAUGGUACGGCCUCCCCUGGUCUCACAGAGAGGGUUCUCCCAACCACUUAUUUCUCUGUGGAUAACUGUAUGACGGACACUUAUCGGGCCAAAUACCACAAGAGGCCGGCUUUAUAUAUGAAAGCAGAGGACCAUACGUCAUCAGGGGAGAGUGAUGUGGAAGGGAGGGGGCUUCCUUUCCCUGAUGUUCAGCCACCAGAGCCUUUGAAAACUAGAUCAGAAUCAGGCUACUCUACUACUAAAACUACUGCAAAGUGGAACCCAGUUACUCCAAAGGGACUAGACGAGCAUGGUUUCCUCUGAUUGUACGUAAGGCAUCGAUAUGCUCCAGCCACUGGAUGCUUAAAGGAAUUGUUCUGCACUAUGACUGCUAUACAAUUUGACUCCAUCCUAACUCAGAUGUAAAUUUGGGCCUAAAACUGGAUGCCAAAGAGAUUGUUAAAAAGAAUGGCAGGUGUCCUUAUUGUAACUAUAAUGCUGUUUUUGGUAAAAGCUUUGAAUGAUAUGUGAAUUUGCACAGUAGAGAGCACCAAAAAUAAAGGUACUGAGACAGAAACAUGCCUAAAUAUUUCGCUGUAGCUUAAAAGCAAAGGGUUAAGUUUGUCGAGAAUGUGUCACAAAAAGCCACUUUACCACAAAAGAGAUUAUACAACACAUACUUCUCUUUCUUCUUCUAUUUAACCACUCUCAUUUCAGCGUUACAAGGAUUCUGCCCCACUUCUCUGUUUUUGACAGUAUACCUACCUUUUAAAAUUUCUGAAACACAUUAUGGGUAAGAUUUCUGAAAGUGAUUCAGCAUUAUUUGGACACAUCUUAAAAUGGAUCCUAAGGAUCUUUGUGAAUUUGACACUCCAGGACGCCCACAUAGGUUUCUGUUGACCUACAAGCUCUGCUGUAUUUGGUUCUCCUUUUGUGAAACUUCAAAUAGUGUCUCACCCUCACUGUGGGUGUCCAGGGGCUAAAAGGUUAUGGGUAAAUAGAAUGUUAAAUACUUUGUUGGUGGAAAAGUAUCACUCCAGGCACAUCCCUCUCUCUUCACAUCCCAUCAUGCUUCAAUAUUUACUGUGUUAAAUGUCCCUUCACUGUAUUUCUGGUUGAUAAAUCUUUAGCACUCCUUACAACCAUCAUGCUAACUUUUCUGUCCUGUUUCUUAAAACCAAACAAAAAAAAUCAGUUGUACUUUUGUCAUCUAGAGUCAGAAAAGGCUUGGGGGUUAUUAAUAAUAUUAACAUGUGACUUUAAGUAGUGGACUAUUUUAUGGUUCAUAAUGUUUUCUAUUAGCAGAAGACUCUAAUGCACAGUGCCUUUUGUAUUUUUCUAUGUCCCAAGAUUAAAUUGGAGCAAUUUGUACAAUUAUUUGAUUUUAAAGAAUUU